ACAAUGUUGACCGGUAUCGCUCACGUAAAUCUCAUCGUGCCCUCAGGCACUCUCGACGAGGCAGAAGCAUUCUAUGCCAAUACUCUCGGCAUGCAGCGGGUUCCUGUCCCAGCUUUGCAAAAAGAUAGGCUCGCAUGUAGUGUUCAAAGACCAGGCUUACAAACCAUAUCAGGUNUCGACAUCACGCCAAACGGCCAGCAGGUUCACAUCGCGUCCGGCCCACCAAACGAGGAAUCAUCUCGCCAUCCUUGUUUUCGUGUCGAGUCACCAGAAGCUCUUUUGAAGCUCCAAACCCGCGUCUUUGAGCAUUUUGAGGCCGGCGGCCAAGGAGCUCCCAAAGCAGCUGAUAGACCUGGAGAAGAGAAUUCAGGUUUGUCGACAUCCAACACAGUACGGCUACAGGCGACCCCAAACUAA